AUGGUUGAAUCAAAAGUGAAUCUACUCAAGCCUCAAGACAAGCUCAUCGAUGUAGGCCACGUGCCACUCGGUAAAGCAACAAAACGAAGUCUAUUAAUAAUAAACUCUGGGAAAACACCUCUUAAACUCCAGGUCAAUUUCAUGAAACAGCCCCCUCAAGAGACAAUAAACCCGCGAACAUCAUCAAUAGUUGAUUCAAUAAAAAUCCACCCAGCAGGUGUAUUCGCCCUCUCUCCAAAUAAGCCCCAAGAGGUGACAAUAAAAUUCAAACCUCGGAGAAGAAUGAACUCUGAGGAAAUCAUCGGCGCCCACAUAGAUUCCACCUUCAUCCCACUCUCCAUCCUUCGGGGAAAAUGCCUCGCACCGGAAUUCCACCUGAAUCGAUCGAUAAUCCAAUUUGGCGCUAUUACCGAAGGCUUCACCGAAGAGGAAAAAAUCGUUCUCUGUAACUCUGGAGAUUUCACAUCGAAAUUCAAGUGGAAUCUCUCCAAACUCCCUCAUUGCUUCAACAUCAAACCGGUCGAAGGCAUUUCCUCUGCAGGAAGUGACGUCACGUUCAAUAUAAAAUUCACUCCCAGUAAAAAAACGAGAAGAUUCGAAGGAAAAGGAAUAAUCGAAAUAGAAAACUAUAAAAACAUUAUCGUGAGUUUCAUUGGAAGCUCUAAACCCCUUCCAGCACCCGUAGACAUCAUAAACUUUACGACUCCAGUGCGUAAAGAGGAUCAAAAACACGUAAAAGUGGAAAACGAUUUGAAUAUUGUGGAAAAAAUCGAAAUCACAACGUUCGGAAAUUAUUUUACUGCAGAUAAAUUUUUGAAUAUUCCUCCUAAAUCCUCUAAAUCAAUUACCGUCAAAUAUUUCCCUUUGGUCAUGACUUCUGAAAAUCAAUUCCAUAAGGGCAAAAUUGUUUUAAGAUUGCUGGAACAAAAAUCGGUGAACAUUUAUGAACUAAAAGGCUCCAGUUCUCCUCCGGAAUCUCUCGGGAAAAUCGUUCGUGAAGUUCCAGCGAAGAAAAAACACACAGAAUUAUUUUCAGUGGAAAAUUGGGACAAUAAAACUCAAUUUUUCAUGACAAAUUUUGAGUUAACAAGUCCUAAAGGAAAUGAAAUAUUUACGUUCUCGGGAAAUGACAAAAUCGAUGUAAAUGCUAGAGGAAGACGGAGUUACCAGACUGUUUUUCAUUGCUUCAAUGAAUCAGUACUAGACUUCAGAGUAUCGUUUACAAGUUCAGAAAGUGAAUAUCAAUUUUAUGAAGUUGAGUACAAAGUCACGAAGCCUGAAAUUCUGAAGACAAUCGAAUUGAUUACAAAUGCAAGAACUUCUACGAAUUAUGUACUUGAGGUUUACAAUCCACUUGAAGAUAGAACUGUCAAUUAUUCUUCAGUAAAGUAUGAGAAUUCAUUAGAUAUUCUCAUCGACGGAAUUCCCAAAAUUCUUCCACCUAAAUCAGCUGAUAAAAUUGCAAUUCAAUACCUCCCGGUCUUUCCUGGAGAAUCGACAAAAUCACUAGAAGUAAUUAGUGAGGAAUUGGGAGUUUUUCCUUAUGAACUGAAGUUGAAAUCUCUUCCUCCAGCUCCGGAGAAAGCUGUGACCGUUUUUACGAGUUUGGGAAUUUCGAAAAAAUUAAGUAUUUCAGUCAAGAAUUCAAGUAGAGCUACUGCAGAGUUUUUUAUUAGAGUCGAAGAGCCAUUUACCUGCAAGGAAAGUAGAAUUUCUAUUGAUUCCGGAGGAGAGGAGAUUGUGGAAUUAAGUUACGAGCCUUCGAGUGUUGGAAAAGUCGAGAGGAAUGUCAUUGUAGUAUCGGAAACAGCUGGGGAAAUUGUUUAUCCUAUCGUUGGAAUAGCGAGUUUGCCGAAGGCUCAAGGACCUUUCACGUUAACUACGAAGAAACCUCUGACUAUUCCUUUUAAAAAUGUUUUCAAAGAAGCGAAGACGUUCCAGUGUGUCGUGGAUCCCACAAUUUCGUUUUCCACUUCGUCUGCUUCAAAUAUUAUUGAUCCCAAUCAAAACGCGAAUGUUGUCGUGAGUUUCAAAACUUCGGCUGGACUUGAAGAUGAUGAGAAGUUAUUAAGUCCCGUUACUGGAAAAUUGGUGGUUUAUUGCACUGAUCCUGAACUCUGCCAUCUCAAUUGGAUUUAUUAUCUGAAGGGUAUUGCUUCCUAG